AUGGCUGCAGUUUCGGGCAACACGGGCUGGGCCCAGCUACGGCAACAGGCGCGCAGUCUAGAAACACAGUUCUCGACGGUAGCAGAUAUACCGGCGAAGCCCACCGAGGAGGAACGGACAACAGAAGCGAAGCUGCAAGACCUCCUUGACAGACGUGAAAAUGUCAUUUCCCAACUUUCCCGCCUUCUCGACUCGGAAGCGACCCUCACCUCCUCCGCCCUGAAGCAGAACAACCUCGCCCUCCUCCGUGAGAAGCUUGCCGAGCACAAACGCGACCUCGUGCGCCUGCGCAACACCAUCGCCCAGGCCCGCGACCGCGCCCACCUGCUCACCAACGUACGCUCCGACAUUGAUGAGUACCGUGCCAACAACCCCGAGGCCGCCGAGGCCGAGUAUAUGCUUGCCGAGCGCAGCCGCAUCGACAACAGCCACAACAUGGCCGACAGCGUCCUCUCCCAGGCAUACGCCGUGCAGGACAGCUUCAACAUCCAGCGCGAGACCCUCGCCAGCAUCAACCGCCGCAUCACCAUGGCCGCCAGCCAGGUCCCCGGGCUCAACAGCCUCAUCGGCCGCAUUUCAGCCAAGAAGCGCCGCGACGGCAUCAUCAUGGGCGUCUUCAUCGCAUUUUGCUUCCUCUUGUUUUGGUGGUUCAUGUAG